GCGGCGCGGCCCGCAGCGAGCUGGCUGGGCUCGGCGCGGCUGCCCCUGAAGAUGGCGGCGGCGGAGGCGGUCGCGGCUGCGGGCGGCGGGGGCUGCCCGGCGGCGGGCGGCGGCUCGGUGCCCGUCCUCUUCUGCUUCUCCGUCUUCGCCCGGCCUUCCAGCGUGCCCCACGGCGCCGGCUACGAGCUGCUGAUCCAGAAGUUCCUCAGCCUCUACGGGGACCAGAUAGACAUGCACCGCAAGUUCGUGGUGCAGCUCUUCGCCGAGGAGUGGAGCCAGUACAUCGACCUGCCCAAGGGCUUCGUGGUCAGCGAGCGCUGCAAGCUGCGCCUGGUGCCGCUGCAGAUACAGAUGACUACUUUGGGUAAUCUGACACCCUCAAGCACUGUGUUUUUCUGUUGUGAUAUGCAAGAACGAUUCCGGCCUGCCAUCAAGUACUUUGGUGAUAUCAUCAGUGUGGGCCAAAGACUGCUCCAAGGUGCUCGGCUCUUAGGAAUUCCAGUUAUUGUAACUGAACAGUAUCCCAAAGGUCUUGGCAGCACUGUGCAAGAAAUUGAUUUAACAGGAGCUAAACUUGUGCUUCCCAAAACAAAAUUUUCAAUGGUAUUGCCAGAAGUUGAAGCAGCAUUAGCGGAAAUCCCUGGAGUCCGCAGCGUUGUCCUGUUUGGAGUAGAAACUCAUGUCUGCAUCCAGCAAACAGCAUUGGAAUUAAUUGGCAGAGGUCUGGAAGUUCAUAUUGUAGCUGAUGCCACCUCCUCAAGAAGUAUGAUGGACAGAAUGUUUGCUCUUGAGCGUCUUGCUCGUACUGGAAUUAUAGUUACUACUAGCGAAGCUAUAUUGCUGCAGCUGGUAGCUGAUAAAGAACAUCCAAAAUUCAAAGAAAUCCAAAAUCUCAUUAAGGCAAGUGCCCCUGAGUCAGGGCUGCUUUCUAAAGUUUAAAGAGGAUGUGGAGAAGGUGGAUCUCAUCAUCUUUAAGGACGAAGGAAAGCUGUAAGCGCACAUAUACACCUUCUUUCACUCGAAGUUUGGUAGAAGUGUAAAAUUAAAAAUAUACUUGUGCUUGCCUUAGCGAAAUUGUCUGGUUAUAGAUCUGGAUGCUAUUAUGUUCUGUUUAGUCGCGGCUGUCAGAGGCUUUGGGUACCAUAGGACCCUUUUGUUGUCAAAUUUCCUUAUUUAAAAAACAGAAAUUAACAGAGGUGCCUGCUAGUCUCUACUGUACACUGAUCGUAACAGCUCCAAAAAGUGACACCUCUAAAUUGUGCACUUUGUGAAAGCGUUCUGUGACAUUCUGUUUUACUUUUGUAUUAAUAGAAGAUAAUUACAUGUUGGAUAAAUGUGAUGUGAUACGCUUCAAUGUUCUAUGUAAAUGAAGUAUUUCAAUUGGGGAUAACUUAAAACCGAGUAAGAUACAUGGACUACAUGUGAGCUUUUGUUCCCUAGGGUAAAGUUUAAGCACUUUGUGUUGUAGAUAAGACACAUAGAUUAAGCAGCAGCUGAUGUUUGAUUGCCCUCGGUAGCUGAAGCCUGCAUCAUGACUUCAAUUAUUAUGAAAUUGACUGCCCAACCGUGUACUUCAUUUAAGUGUACAGAAACAGAAAAAUGUCAUUUAAUGAGUUCUUUAUAAACAACUGUUGUAAAGUCCUUCAGAACUAGUAGAAGAUUACCAAAACUUUACAUAAAUUGGCAAUACUAAGGAUGUUAAAGAACAAAAGCAUUUCAACCUUGAGUGCUGAAUCUCCUACUAUAUUUAGAUUUAUUUGGGGAUGGGGUCACUGUAUUUUAGUUAGAAUGAAUAAUCCAUCUGAUUUAUUCAUUUGGCCAAGCAAGCUCUGAAAGAAAUCUCAGCUUCUCUAGGUUUUUGCGCUUUUUUCAUGGGCUGCCAAUGGAUGGAGUUUGAACAGGAUCUGUCCUAAAGGCAUUCUUCAGAAAAACAGCAUCUUUAACUUCAUGAUAUAUAUUUUUUUCUAUCUAGAACCAAUCUUUAACACAUGAUUGUUUAUAAAGGCAUUUGCUUCAUGUUCCAAUGCUUUAAACAAUGUUGUAUAAAGUUUACAGUGUGACUGAGACAUUUAUUUUUUUAAAAGAGUACUAGAAGAUGUCAUACUGAACAAUGAUGUUUUUGGUAGAAACUAAUUAGAGUACAAGUAUUGUUUUAAACUGCUUGUUUUCCCCACAAGAUGGUUCUAAAAGAAUUGUUUCAGAGAGUUAUAAGCUUUAUAUGUUUAAAACAAAUAAAAUGUUAACAUUCACUGUCUCUCUUA